AUGACUAGCGACUUUUCUAGUGACAUCCACUCAGAUGACAGUGACGGAAACGAGGCCCCGGCUCGUGGGUAUGGGCGUGGGCGGGGUGGACGUGGACGUGGACGUCGUCGUGGUGGAGCCCGUAGCAACGCUGGUGGUCGCGGCCGUGCUGCAGGUAAAGCGGGUAAAUCGCUAAAGAAAGCUGGCAGUGGGGAUGACCCAGGCGAGCAGCCAGUCACGAAGCGGCCGCGCCGAGGCACGAGGACUGGCACUCAGAUCGCUAAUGAUGCAGCAAUCGCUGCCCAGACUGCCACCCAACACGACCCGGAGCAGGGUGUCUCGCCUAGCGAGAAUCAUAUGGAGAUGGACAGGGAUGGCCAGGAGACCGAGGAGGAAGCCGUAGUCCCGACCGAUAACGACUACAUGGACAGUGAUGCAGAGGCCGAGAAAACUGUCCGUCCCCAUACGCGCUUUCAAGGCUCUGUGCACCCUGGUUGGGAUACGGGCGAAUUCAAGCGCAGCCGGCAUGAGCAACAACGCGAGGCCGCCGCGAAGAGUGACGUGGUGCAACGCGCGCACGACGCGAAGGCCGCCCAAGAGCGCGUCAAGAAGGAUCAGACUUGUGCUGGCCUCGCGCGUGCCACGGAGAUGAUGGAGGACCGUGUCGGGGAGGAAGAGAGAUUGCUGGCACGCGAGGUUCUGCCUGAGGCACAGAAAGAGAGCGAGACAGAUGGUGGUGGGAAGGGAAAGGGGAAGGCAGUCGAGAAGCCGAGAAAGGUGCGUGCUGAUCUUCCCGCUCACAUUCCGAGCACGAGCACUUACCAUUGCGGGUCUGUCUUUCGCACCCAUCAGACACCCCAGGAGAAGCGGCUCGAGGAGAAAGAAAAGCGUGUCAAGGAGAUCAACGCUGCGCGUUCAUCGGUCAACAAGAACCUUUCCCUCGCAAAGUCGCUGUCUGUUGCACCCGCCAUCAUCGGUCCAUCUGCAUCCACAAGUGCACCAUCUACCUCCAACCGGUCUUCUACUACGAAGGGAAAGAGUGCAGCUGGUGCUUUCGAUUCGGCAUGGCUGAAGAAGUCGUCUGCAUCAAGUUCGACUCCGGCUAAGACUAAGGUUAAAGCCACUGCUUCUACGCCAGCAACUCCCGGCUCUGCUUCUGCCAGUUCAACCAUCUCAAAGAAGUUCGCUGGCCUCUCGUUCACGGCUGACCCCGAUAUCAAAGUAAUCUUGUCUCCUCAAACUCCUGCUGCUUCGUCAUCCCACUCGUCGGAAGUGGCCACAGCUCGUCUGAAGAAGACUUCUGAAGCUACACCAUCAAAGCUCCCCUCGCAAGCUAACCAAGUGAAGCGUGGCAUUGUGGUCGAGGAGCUGGAGGACAACAGUAGCGAUGAUGAAGUGAAGGUGGUAGAUAAAGGGUUCACGGACAAGGACGUCGCCUCUGUGAAGGGCGAUGGCAAGGGCAUUGGCCGCGCGAAGAUCGUCAAGGUCGAGGAGAUCAAGGAAGAAGAGGGUGUUGCUGUGUCUCGCCAGACCUCUCCCGCCAACGUUGAUCCGUCUUGCACGUGCGGUUACGCGGAUCUUCCUGACUGGAUGCCUGUCGCUCUCUUUCAAUCCAGAGUUGAGACGGGUUUGCAGGUCUUCUAUGGCUCGUUUGAGAAUCCUUUCAAUCUGCAUGACAAUGAUAAUGUCCUCAGGGAUAUCAUCAAGAUGAUCAUAGCUGUCAUACGUCCCAAGCAGGGGUAUAAGCCAAAGAAGGCAGUCACGGAUCACGUGUAUCAACUUUUGUGUCAGGCAUGCCACACGUGGCUCAAGGGUUUUCUCGACUUCGCCACAACCGUCGUCAAGACUGCCAUCAACAAGCACAGUACCAGCUCAGUUGAGGAACAUGCCGCAUUUGCCAAGGAUGCUCUAAAUGGUUCAAUGUCAGAACGUCGUGGUACCCUGCACUCACCGUACAUCAUCGAAGUAUUUGCCAAGGCAUAUGUGACGAAGGUGCAGACAGUGAAACUGACAGUUGAACGGGAACCAGUUGGUGCACUCAUACUCUCGCACGUUGCUGUCUGCAUGGUUUUCCAGGCUUUCAAGGACGGUCGCUCCAGUCCGGGAGCCAUCAAGUGGAAUGCUGCAUCCCUUGCCAAAGACAUGGCGAAGUCGCUCAAGAUCGUCCUAGGACUCGAAAAGAAGAAGAAGAUCGCCUCCAUUGUUACAGCUGCGGAGCAAUUUCUUCAGAUAUCGUGUCCCACGCAGACGACUGUUCAGCAAGCAGGUCCUUCGCAAGCAGCUGUACAGGACCUACCGAGCAGUCCGCCCGACUUGUUGGGUGAACAAGAGCAUGUCAAUGACGAUGACGAUGACAACUGA